GCCAUGGAUACUGCUGUGUUUCGAGGCUGUGGGCGCUGUCUCACAGCCAGGCCGAGGAAUCCUGCUGCUCGGGUGAAUAAUGGAUGACGAUGAUGCAAAGCUCAAAGCAGAAAUAGAAGCUGAAUUGGAUAAACUCAGCAUUUCCUCCUUGGAAAAUGAGGACAUUGAGAGUGAUUCAAAAUCAGAAACCCAGAGCGAUGAUAGUGACGCAAAUUCAGUUAAAUUACCAGAGUCAGUUCUUCAUUGUAUUAACAUUAUAAAGAACAGGAGUAAAACUGUUGAAGAGCUCAUUCUUCAGGACUUGGAAGACACUGAUAUUUUAAGCUGUAGUUAUGGAGCAGUUUCUAAUAAUCAUAUGCAUUUAAGGACAGGACUAUCAACUGAAUAUGAAGAAGUUUCACAGCAAUUAAUGAAGAUAUUAUCUGAAAUAGAAAAAGAAGAAUUUAUUAGAAGUAAAACCAAUUGUGCCAGUCCUGAUUUUAUUCCUGAGCCUGAUUCUGAUGACUUGCCUAUGGAUGAACAUGUUUUAACAGAUGAUGCUGAUAUAAAUUUUGGAUACUGUGAAGUGGAAGAACAAUGUAGACAGUCUUUUGAGGCUUGGCAAGAGAAACAGAAGGAACUAGAAGAUAAAGAGAAAGAAACUCUUAAAGCUCAGCGGGAUAGAGAAGAAAAACAGUUUCAGGAAGAAGAAGAAAAGAGACAUUGCUGGAUGGAACAAUUUAAAGUUGAAAAGAAGAAAUUAGAGAACAUUCAGAAGCAAGAACAGGACAAGAUGAAUGAUGAACUCUCUAGAGAAGAGAAAAUGUGGAAAGAGAAAUUUAAACAGCAUGAGGAGUAUAUUAGAAACUUGCAUUUACAAAUGGAAGAAGAAAGAACAAGAUUUAAAGACCUACAAGAAAAAGAAAAAGUUUGUCUGUUAAAACAACAGAAUAAUGCAGCUGUUAAAAUUCAAGCUAAAUAUAAAGCAUUUGUAGCCUAUAAAAAAUACAGCCCAAUUAUAAAAGAGCAAAUUGAAAGUAAGAAAAGGAAAGCACAGGAGUGGAAGGAAAAGAAAGCAAAAAUACGACAGGAGGAGGAAGAAAAACGAAAAAGAUUAGAGGAGAAACAAAGGAUAAAAGAAGAGAGAAAAAAGCAAAAGGAAGAGGAAAGGAAAGGGAGAGAAAAAGAAUAUGAAGAAAAAAAGAAUAUUGUGAAACAAGAAAGAGAACAACUAAUAAACAAGGAAAAAAUAGGAGGAGUUGCAAGCCGACAGCUACUACUAAGUAGUGCAUUAAAGAAAAGAGGAUGUAGUAACAAACAUUUGAUUCGUGAAGAUACUUCAUAUAAUAAGGGUGAUAUAGCCAAAAAGCUAGUGGAUGAAAAUGCAAAGAAGCAGGAAGAUGUUCUCCUUUGGUUAGCUGAAGAAUCAAAUAAGAAAGAAAAUGUAGAUAGACAGAUUAUAUUAAAAGAAUCAACACAAGUAAAAUUAAAAGAAUCUAUAUCAAGCCAAACAAUUGUGGCAGAUUUUAAAAUGGAAGAAAACAAUGAAAACUUAGCAAAAAAGCAGUGUUCAGAAGAAUUGGUCAAGCAAGCAAGAAAAUAUGAAAAUAUAGAUAACAAAACUGAAUUGGGAAACCUCAAUUUAAAAGAAAAUGUGAAAGAACAGUUUCAGCUGCAAGAAGUAAAGUUGGAUAUACAAAAAGAAGAAAUCAUGGAACAUGUCAUAAAUGAAAACGUGGAUAAAAAUACCCAAAUAAUAUUAGGAUAUAACCAAGAAAUCAGUGAGGUGAAAACCAAUGAAGAACAGAAAAUAAUAAAAGAUAAUCAGCUGAAAGAGGUACAAAUAGUAGAAAAAGAAGAGAAUGGAUUGUUAUAUAAAGAUAAGGAUACUUUAAUUAUUUCAAUGAAACAAAAACCACUAUCACUAACAUCAGAAAAUUCUGAAGAUAUAGGAGAAAACAUAAUACUACAAGAAAAAGAAAUUGAUUUAAAAUUUAAAGAAAUUGAGGAGAACCCAAAAGACAAUGCAUGGAAUAGUGAUGUGAUUUUUAACACAAUUGAUACCAUGACAAAUAUAGAAGGCAAAAGAAAUGAUCAAGAUUAUGUGUUAGGUACACAUGCUCCUUGUGAAGAAUUGAGUGACUGUAAUGCAGAAAGCUCCAUGGUGUCUAAAGAAGUGAACUCUCUUAAAUCUGAGAUUAAAGAAAUUUCAGAAAAAUGCCAUGAAAAUGGAGCAGAACCUGAAAGCAUGACCUGCUCUGUACCAGAGUCAACCCUUCUGUCUUCUAUUGAAGAAAAGAGACUAGCCUGGAUAAAAUCAUUUAAACCUUGGCUUGAAAUUUUCAAGCAAAGUCAACAAAAGAAAAUUGUUAGAAGAAAGAGACCCGUGAAAUGCCCAGCCAACAUGGCACCUGCUUUGGAUACACUGGAAAUUCUUCGGUGUGGCCCUUGGGAUACUUUACAGCAGGUUACAACAGUUACAUUUCAAGAUUUGCCAGGUUGUGUUCUCUCUACCCUGGCAGAGUGUACAAAUCUUCAAUUUCUAUCCCUUCAACGCUGUGGAUUAACUUCUUUGCACAGUCUGAGUAAUUGUAAAAAACUUAAGUACAUUGAUGCACAGGAAAACCAUAUUGAGGCUAUUGACUGUGAAAAUUUGGAAAAUCUGUGUGUUGUUCUUCUUAAUAAAAAUCAACUGACUUCUCUUCAUGGUUUGGAUGGCUGCACUAAUAUCCAAUGUCUUGAACUUUCACAUAAUAGAAUUACUCGAAUUGGUGGUUUAGAAUCUUUGAAAAAUCUUCAACAACUAAUUUUGGACCAUAAUCAGUUAAUUAGUACAAAAGGUCUUUGUGAUACACCUACCAUUGUAUACCUAGAUUGCUCCCAUAAUCAUCUUACUGAUGUUGAGGGCAUUGAAAAUUGUGGAUUGCUCCAAAUAUUGAAGUUACAGGGAAAUUAUCUGAUUGAGCUUCCAUCCUUGGAGAAUCAUGUUUUACUAAGAGAAUUGCACUUGGAUGAUAACAGCAUUUCAACUGUGGAAGCAUUCUCUUCGUACUGGCUGCCUUUAUUACAGACUCUUACUAUCUCUCAAAACAGUUUAGCAAAAAUUGUACCACUUUUUCAUUUUGUUUCAUUGGAAAAACUAGAUGUCAGCCACAAUUGUCUUUCUGACCUUACAAGUGCCAUCAAGUGGUUUGAUGCAUGCUGUUUUCUCCGUGAAUUGUCUCUUACCGGAAACCCACUUCUUCAGGAAACAAACUGGAGGUAUUCUCUGCUUAAAGUGUUACCUGCUCUAAGAAUGCUUAAUGGCGAUAUGCUAAAUUCUGAUUCAGAAAGACACACUGAAGAACACAGUCAACUGGAAUCAGCAGGUUUCCUGGUACUUUGUCAGUCUCAGAUUCGAGAAUUUAACUUGCUAAUAGAAAAUUAUAUAACUAGAAAAGGGGAUGCAUUUACCGUGGAUACUGCAGAAAAUCUCUGUCAUUAUUUUAAAAAAUUGAUGAUACUUAGUACUGAAUGUCGACAUGCACACGAACGUGGGGAUAUAAAUAUCACCAAGAAAGGUGAAUCAGAAGCCCAGAAAAGUCAUUUGGCCCCUACAAACAGUGACAGCACACUGCAAAAUGGAGUCUUCUACUCUUGUGCACAUGAACAUAAUCCAGACUUAUCAGAUAUUCCUGAGAAAUGGAUGGACUCUGGCUCCAACUACUCCCCGUUAAGCAACUCCUCCACGUGUGAAGAUAUGGAAGAAAGACAUCAGGAAAAAUUAAUGUGUCAGAAGAGAGAAGACAGCAAUGCAAGCAGUAUUCCCACUAAAAUAAUCCCAUUUAAGGAAGUAGUAAUGACAAAUUCUCUGCUGAGGAAUCACCAAAAUACUGAGCCUCGUGAAAAAAUUAUGGCAGCUGUGGUAAUCCAGUCAUACUGGCGUGGUUACCUCAUCCGCAGACAGAUUCAUUUCUCCACAAGGCUACAUACUGAUGCAACAGAAAGCCUGCUAAAUUCUUCCAUCAAGAAUCAGACUAUUUUAAAGAAAGAAAAGAGAGAAAGUAUUGUGAAUAUCCAAAAACAGAGGGAGAAGGCUGCUAUUCUUAUUCAGGCAGUUUGGAAGGGCUUUAUUUUGCGAAAGAAACUGACAACAGCUCUAGAAGCUAUUAAGAAUGAUGAAUCUGAUGAAGAAUACAGAGAAAUAGAUCUAGAGGAUUUUGCAUUUAAUGAGGCUGCCUUAGAAGAAGAAUGGCUAGCUUUAGAUUCCACCCGCUUCCCUUCACAAACACUGCUUUCCUCAAACCAGCUGCUUUGGCCAAAGAUUCCUGGAAACUUAAAACAGGAUGAUACUUCAUUUAAUUUACCAAGUAAUCCAGCUCAAGCAUGGCUAUGUAAUGACAAAGAAAAUUUGUUUUCUUCAGAACACGUACAAUUUAAUAGCAGAUCAGAAAACAGAACUUCUUCCUGGACACCUGAAUCAAAGACCAGUAGAAAGAGUUUGCUAAAAUCUGAAAAAGAAAAGAAAAUUUCAGAAGAAUGGGGCUUUAAGGAUAUUUCUACUGCUCAGCAAAUGUUGAAGAGGGCACAGAAAAUGAAAUCAAAGAAACUAAAGAAAAAUUUAGAUUCCACUGUGCGUCUAGCCUUAUUCAAAAACAAUGAAAAUAAAGUGUCUGUUUCAAAAUCACCAAAGAAGGCACCGCCCAAAAGAGAUGGUUACUUUGAAGAUAUAGAAGAAGACCUUAUCCACAAAGAGACCAUUGCAAAUGAAAAAUUGGAAAGGAAUCGAGAAUAUACAUACCAAUGGCUUCAUACACAGGUUGGGGUUCAUGAAACAACUAAUUCCAGAAAUAUGAAAUGCAAUCACUUUUUGCCUGAGUUAGAUCCAGAUGUGCUUAAUGGUGGAAGAGUUCAGCUUGUGGCAAGACUUGUAAGCAGAGAAGACACGGAUUUAGACCUUUUUUCCAUGAGCAAUGGAAAUGCUUUGUCUGUGAACAGAGAGAAAAAAAAUCAGGCACACAGACACUCAGCAGGAUCUUCAAGUAAGUUGUGGUUUCCUUCAGAAUUAAUUUAGAAAUCACAAACGAAUUGAUGGAACCUAAUGCCAACAAGCGUUCUUUUACAGAUAGGGGGUAGGAUGCUAGCAACUUGAACUGACCAAAAAUGUGUAUUUAAAUUUUUUCUUUCUUUACAUGUCCUCUUUUGUUAUAAACAAAAUUAAAUUAUUUCUAAAAU